AUGAGAGCAGCUAUGCCUCCUGUUACAAAGAGCAUGUCCACUCCUGUUCAAACGGAUAGUGAGCUGAGAAGAGGGCCAUGGACCCUUGAAGAGGAUACUCUCAUAACCCAUUACAUUGCUCGUCAUGGGGAAGGUCGUUGGAAUAUGUUGGCAAAAUAUGCAGGUCUCAAGAGAACUGGUAAAAGUUGCAGAUUGAGGUGGCUGAAUUAUUUAAAACCUGACAUUAAGCGCGGAAACCUGACUCCUGAAGAACAACUCUUGAUUCUUGAACUUCAUUCCAAGUGGGGAAACAGGUGGUCGAAAAUUGCACAACAUCUUCCAGGAAGAACAGACAAUGAGAUCAAGAAUUACUGGAGAACAAGGGUGCAAAAACAGGCACGCCAACUUAAUAUUGAGUCCAACAGCAAGAGAUUCCUUGAGGCAGUUCGAUGUUUUUGGAUGCCGAGAUUGCUUCAAAAAGUAGAGCAGACAUCCUCCUCCUCCUCUUCUUCUUUAAAAGAAAUGAGCUUCCGAAGCUCAGAUCCUUCUCAAUUAUUAGACUGCACAGACCCUGCGUUGUCAACAUUUUCCCCACUUCCAAACACAAUCACAGACAAUUCAAAUCAUUCCUCCGAAAAUUCAAGUUCAAUCACUAGCCAAAGUCUUUAUCGCACAGAUUUCAUGAACAUUCCAGAGCAAACUGAAAUCCCCGAACACCUAAUAAGUCCAAAUGUUUAUGGCCAUACCUGUGUCUGCAACAAUAACCAAAUUCUAAAUGAAAGUUACAAUAAUGACAGCAGUGGCUAUGACAUGGGGGGUUUUAGUCUGGCACCCAUGUUAGCUGUGGGCUCCUAUGAAGGAUUCCCAUCUGAAUUGGGUGAAGGAAAUUGGAUUUUUAAUGAGAUGGCAGAUAAUUUAUGGAACAUGGAUGACAUAUAUGACAGUUUAGGGAGUUGGUAA